AUGCAUUUGGAUUUUACAAUAGAUCUGAACAAUAACAACAAUAAGAUUGACAAUAGAAUACGAGAACUCUUAAGUCAAAAGCCUGGAGAGAGGGUAGCAUGGGAGACCCACUCAGUGACUCUGACCAGAGUGCCCUCUUUUGGCUUUGGCAUAGCAGUAAGUGGGGGCAGGGACAACCCUCACUUUGCCAAUGGUGACCCAGCUAUAGCUAUCUCAGAUGUUCUCAAGAGAGGCCCUGCAGAGGGAAAAUUACUGAUAAAUGACCGUGUAACAAGUGUGAAUGGGGUCUCACUAGAAAAUGUGGAUCACACUACGGCCAUAACUACUCUGAAAGACAGUGGAGACACAGUCAAUCUAGUCAUAAAAAGAAAAAUACUGCUGCCUGGGGGUGGAGACUUUGACCCUCUCCCAUGUAAAGUUACACUUACUAAGAAAAAUAAAAAAGAUGAAUUUGGAUUGGUGCUUGGCCAAAGAUUGUACAUCAAGGAAAUCAUUGGUCAAAGCUUGGCAGCUCAAGAGGGUGGUCUUAAAGAAGGAGACACCAUAACAAAGUUGAAUAAUGUCUCAGUGGAGAACCUGUCUCUGAAUGAAGCCAGGAAACUUCUAGAGAAGACCAAGGACAAACUACAGAUGGUUGUUGUCAAGUCAUCGCAUGAAUCUAAGCACAAGAGACAGAAUAGUACAGCUAGGAGAGAAGAAGAUUUUGAUGCCAGCAAGGUUGCCAUGCCAGACUACUACAAGCCAGACUUUUACAAGGAGGCCAACCUGAACCGAACUCCCAGUGGACGUGACAGGCAGCCCCUGAAACCCCUCACCUUCAGCCAACUAGAUGAGCCCCUGCCCGAUCCCCCGUACAGCCCAGAUAUUGUGCCACCUGGUCCCCAGUUUAGCCCUAAUAGGGCAAUGUCACCCUAUGAGGAGGCCCCACCUAGACCUCCAUUGCCAAAUAUGAUAGACUCAGCUCCACUUAGACCUCCCACCCCAGGUCAAGAAAGGUCACCCACUGUAAAUGGAUACUAUGGUAACAGAUAUGACGCUCCAGGGCAAGGUCCCAUGCCAAGGGGUGCAGGAGAUGGGCCUGAUCAGCGCUAUGUCUCAUUCCGCAAGGAGGGUGGUGUAGGCAUCAAGCUCUCAGGGGGCAAUGCUACGGGAAUAUUUGUCUCUGCUGUUCAACCCAACUGUCCCGCUGAGCUACAGGGAAUCAGAGAAGGGGACCAGAUACUCAAGGUGAAUGAUGUUGACGUGAAGGGGAAGACAAGAGAGGAGGCAGUGAUGAUGCUGCUACGUCUAGAGGAGCAAGUCCACCUGCAGGUACAGCAUAUCAAGGAGGACUAUGAGAGACUGAGAAGACAUGGGGAAGCAGGGGACUCCUUUUAUAUAAGGUCUCAUUUCAACUAUGAUGACCCUGAACAUGGGGAGAUGGCCUUCAAGAAAGGUGAUAUAUUCCAUGUAAAGGACACACUGCAUGGGGGUACACUGGGAUCGUGGCAGGCUAAACGUGUAGGACACAGUAACAAAGAGACUAUGCAAGGAAUAAUACCUAAUCAAACAAGAGCUGAACAAAUCCAUAGUGCUGACAAUAAAGAGGGUGAGAAGGAGAACAAGCCAAGCAGCAAAGGGAAGUCUUCAUUCUUCAAACGAAAAGCAAGAAGAUCAAAGUCCCUUGGGAGAGAUCAUUGGGAGGAGGUCAUAUUUGCCUCAUCUCCAAGCAAGGUUCCAGCUUAUGAAAGGGUACACCACAAAAACCCGAACAUUGUACGUCCAGUUGUUGUAUUCGGAGUAUUAGCAGAUGUAGUGAGAGACAAAUUGGUGCGUGAGAUUCCCCAACUCUAUGAAUCACCACAGGCUGAUGGUAGCUAUGGUACAGAUGGCAAGUCAAAGUCGGGGAUUAUAAAACUAGCCUCCAUAAACCAGAUCAUGGAUAAGAAGAAACACUGUGUGCUAGACAUUACCCCUAAUGCUGUUGAGAGAUUGAACUAUGGCCAGUACUACCCUAUAGUUAUCAACCUUCACUGCGAACACAAGCAUCAUGUGAAGGAGUUAAGAUCCAAGUGGGCUAAAGAAUCUACAAAGAAUCCACGUAAACUUUUCGAACAAUCUCAAAAACUUGAGAAGAUGUAUUCGCAUCUAUUUUCGGCUAUCAUCACUUUGACCUCUGGGGAUGGGUGGUACAGGAAGCUGAAGGAGACAGUGGAGAAACUACAGAAACAACCAGUAUGGGUGGCAGAUGCAAAGCCAGCAGACAGUAUACAGGAUGACUACCUCUUCCCAAUGAGCUCUAGACUGAGCUUUGCCUCAUCAGGCCCAGAUACAGAAUUUGACAUGAAUGGGCGCCAUGAUGAUCCCUACUAUCAACCAACCCAGAGCCAAGGUCAAGGUCGUUUGGCUAGAGCUUCCUCAGACCCUAGCCUUGCAGUGGUUGAUGGGAUACCAGGGAUACCUCCCUAUGUGGCCCCACCUAAUUAUAACAAAAAUGAUGGAUUCCCAUCCCCCAACCAGCCCCCCUAUAGCCAAGACAGUCAGCCUCGGUCACCCAGGCAGCAAAUGGAUGAUCCCUAUGGUUACCCUCCUCCAACUCAACAACAGAAUGGAUAUGCAUACCCUAGUCACUAUGGCAACAGUCUUCCACGUAACAGAGUAUCACAGCGGGCACAUAUUGACCCUUAUGCCACACUUACCCCCAGUGAACGGAGAGGCAACAAACUGAAGUUUGAUGAUAGGUCAUACAGUGAGACUGAAUCACGCAAAUCUGCCACUGAGCGCCUCAAGCCUCAUAGUCCUUUAGCUUCAAUUCCUCCCCACAUUACCCAAUCCCCAUUUCCUCCCCCCAAGGAUACAACUAUAAUAGCAUACCGGGCACAACAGGAUACAAAACCUGAGUGGGAACAAGUUGAGAAAGAUAAGAGCCAGACAUUCAAUGAUGACUCCUCCUAUAGCAAUGACUCUUACUCCAAGUACACGUCAAACCCUGCCAAUAAACAUGAUGACUCUAAACUGCGUGAUAAGUACCCUGUUCUACGUGGGGGAGGCAGCACAUCUGUAGACCCAUACAAAUUCACGCGUAGUACCUCCAUGGGGGCUAAAACAGCAACUAUAGAUAAAAGCAAACUAACACAGCUCAGUUCAAAAUACAAUAGAGAUGAGGGCACCCCUCGGAGUCCAGUUAAACCAGUCCCUUCCCCUACAGCUCCUAUGGCUGGUUCCCCCAAGAAGUUAGAUUUCACCCCUAAGCCUAGGCCAGAGAGCUCAAGUUACCCUAGUUCUGGUCAGAACUCACUGGACUACAAUGGCAGCUCUGGCUACUACUCUGGGAGAGAAGCUGAACAAAAUCAUAGAUUAAGGCAAGAUGAAUCUCACCCGCCUCCAAGACGAUCCCCCUACCAACCUCCACCACCCAGUAACUACAGUUCGGGAUACACCAAUCAGUACAACAGAGGGGCCCCACCCCCUGCCACAUCACAGUACCCACGAUCUCCACAUGCAUUCAACAAUGACACCUAUAUGACCCACAGUGAACUAACUCUGCAGAAACCCUACUCUGGGGUGGAUAGUCCGCAAAACAGAUCAACCUCUUCAUUAAAUGACAAGAAAGAGAUCAAGAGACCUGCAGGUUUUGAAGCUUACAAAAAAUUAGUAACUCCAGGAUUUUAUGGCUUUUCUAAAAAGAACAUCUCAGAGAGUAAUAACAACAACGGCUACAGACCAGACAGCAACUAUCCAGAGCCUCAGGCACAGAGAAAUGGGUCUGAUCGCCAGGGCUCUAGGGAUAAGAACUACCCCCAAGGGCCCCAGAGACAAAGUGCAUUUGAGUCAUACAAGAAACCUCCUGGAGGGGAACAUGGUGCUGUGUUCCAGUAUAGUCCAACCAAAGGUGCUCAUGAAAGACAAGGCUCUGCUACAUCUGAAGAUAGUCACACUGUUGUAGCCACAGCAAAGGGUGUGUUUGACCACACAGGGGGUGUCCUAGAGUCCAAGGAAACAGGUGUAAGCAUUAUGAUUCCCAGUGGGGCAAUCCCUGACGGCACCACACAGGAGAUUUACUUCAAGGUUUGCCAAGAUAACAGCAUUCUCCCUCCUUUAGAUAAAGAAAAGGGUGAGACACUACUCAGUCCCCUUGUGAUGUGUGGUCCACAUGGUCUUACAUUCAACAAAGCUGUAGAGCUGCGGCUCCCACAUUGUGCUGCAGUUAACCCUGAUAGCUGGUCAUUUGCACUUAAGUCUAGUGACUCCCCAACAGGUCACCCAGGUAAAUGGCAGAAUAUGCAGCUGGCUGGCAUGAAAGGUUCCUCACCUGGUAAAGUUGGCAAAAACAGUGUAUCUGUCUUAGUGGAUCAUUUCUAAACAAUGCAAUACAUUAAACUAUACAACACAGUGUUCUUUGGAAGCUUGUGCCAUUCUCCAGGUGCAGGGAUGCUUAACUUACAGGAAAGAAGGAACAGUGAGUUUGGUAUUGCUACACAUGAAGAAUUACAUCAUGUACAGUCGUCAUCAUAUACAUACAGUCCAUCAAGUCUUCAUCUAGAAAUCUUUUGUAUACAUACUUAUCAUAAACUCAUUAUCAUACUUAAUUUUACUCUAAAGGCGGGUUUAACAGUAAAAUGCGGCCUUCUAAUAUGAAGCUGUAAAUAAGUAGCUACCACUGUAUAUGAUGGGUCUAUUUACAUUUUGAAUGUGGUCACAAAGGACACAAAGUGGACUUCAACAAUCUUGACUUGGAUGUCAUGUGAAAACACUAUAUAGAUAGCAACUUUUAGAUAGACUAGAACUA